AUGGGUUCGCCGAUUUCGGGAUUCAUCGCCGAGGCGUUCCUGCAACGGUUAGAGUCGCUGGUCUUCCAAAACCACAAACCGAAGUUGUGGGCCCGGUAUGUGGAGGAUACCUUCGUCGUUAUCGACCGGGAUCAACUGCUGACAUUCAAGGAACGUCUGAAUGCGGUCUUCCCGGACAUACAAUUUACGAUGGAGGAGGAAGAGAACAACCAGCUGGCCUUCCUGGAUCUCCUCGUAUGCCGCAAAGAUUGUGGUGGACUAAAGAACAAAGUUUUCCUGAAAGCGACAAAUACGAUGCAAGUACUGAACUUCAACAGUAACUACCCAAUCAGCCACAAACGCAGUUGUGUAAAGACGCUUUAUUGGCGUUUCGAAACGCACUGCAAUAAACCGGAAGACAAGAUUGCCGAACUACAAUAA